AUGACCGACACAGCAUGCACAGUCAUAGAGACUCUGCACAUGCGGGUGGCCGAGGGCAAGAACCUGCUCUCCUCAUCGUCCCGGUUUGGUACCUCUCGUAGCCCGCCGGCGGCAAAGGUGACCGUCUCCGGCCUCGGCACCGGCGCCGUGGUGGCCACCCGGACCGCCGCGCCGUCGUGCGACCCGUUCUUCGGCGAGGAGCUGAGCCUGACCCUCGGCCCAGACACCUCGGCCGUCUUUGUCACCGUUUCGGACACAAACUCGGCCCGCCAGCUUGGUGUCGUCAAGAUUCCGCUGGCGGGCCUGGCCAACAACACCGCCGUCGAGGCCUGGCACCCGCUCGCCCCCUUCCAGACCCACAUCUCCGGCGAGCUGCACCUGCGCAUGGCCCGCAUCUCGCCCACGCUCGUUCGCGUCCUGAUUAUGGCUGCCGUCGGCCUCGUCGGCUCCGACAGAUCGGGCCUCUCCGACCCCUACAUCACCGUCCGCGCUGCAGACGCAGCCACUGCCGACCAUGACAUCGUUGACGCCGCCCCAACCUCGCUCUCGCUCUCCGCAUUGACUUCAUCCAUCGCCGCCCCGGCCGCCGCCCUCAUCAACCGCGCAACUCGCGUAGCUUCUCGCCGCUCUCGCUCAGUCUCAGUCGACUCGGCCUCUAGCUCUCCCGACAUCCCGCCGCCGGACCGCGUCUUCUCCACAAAGGUCGUCCGCCAGACCCUCGACCCAGUCUUUGACGAAGAGUUCACCCUUGAUCUUGAGGGCCUCGACCUGGCUUCUACCCGCAUUGUCUUUCAGCUGUGGGACUUUGACCGAGUUGGCCAUGACGACUUUCUCGGCCUCGUCGUCGUCCCGCUCUCCCACCUCGAUGCCGACGGUGCUGUCCUCGACGGCUGGUUUGAGGUCCGCGACUCGCCACAGGACUCAUUGCUCGCCACCUUUCGUCCCACUUCGUUUACCGGCAUGCCAUCUUCGACCUCGCUCGGCGCCCUCCGCCUUCGACUCCGCUACCACCGCGAGUACAUCCUCCCGCUCCCCGACUACACCGCCUUUUGGAUUGCCGUGCAUGCCCACGAUCUCGAGCCGCUCACAAGCCUUGCUGACGUCUCCCACGACCGCGAUGACCUCGCUACCGCUCUCGUCAAGGCCUGGGCCGCUCAAGGUGAGCUCUACUCCCGGCUCCCGGCCGUCAUCACCAACCACCUCACCAAGCACACCCCGGACCCGUCCGUCAUCUUCCGCUCCAACUCGCUCGCCUCCAAAGUUAUCGACAUGCUCUUUCAGCUGUCAGGCGCACACUACCUCAAAUCCACCCUCGAGUCCGCCGUCGCUGCCACCUACGCCGUCCCCGCUGCCGACUGGCUCGCCCCGCACUCGGCCGGCAGCAUCUGGUCCUCGCAGCCUGCCCGCGCCGGCCUCGUCAAGCUCCUCAAGCGCUACCUCGGUGCCAUCCUCGACUCUGCGAGCAAGCUCCCGGCUGUCUGCUCCUUUGUCCUCGCCCGUCUCCAUGACUCGGCCAACGCGGUCUUUCCCAACCUUGCUCCGGCCAUCGGAACUACUGCUGUCGUCGCCUUUGUCAUCCUCCGCUUCCUCGCCGCAGCAAUCCUCUCGCCGUCGCUCUGGCAUCUCGCCCCCGACCUGCCCUCACCGCAUCACGCACGCGUCUUUGCGGCGCUCUCCAAGGCCGUCAUGCGUCUCGGCGCAUUUACACCUUUUGACGCUUCAGCAGAUCUUGCAUUCCUCAACCCCGUCCUCAACGCCCAUCACGAGCGCACCCGCGCCUUUCUCGCCGCCACCGCCUGCUACGCCGACGCCGCCCCGCUCGGCUCCCAGCUCGCCCGCACUCGACCGCUCGGCUCUAUGCCGGCCAUCAACCCCGCCCGCGAGCUCAACAAGGUUGCCGAGCAUGCAGCCCUCUGCAUUCCGCUUCUCCCUACAGCCUGCCGCAGCAGGCCCUGGCAUCCCGAACUCCUCGCCGCCAUCGACGAUCUCGACGCCCGUCGCCGCAACGAGCUCCCACACCUCACGCCUCAGGACGCCGCCGAUCUGUUCGCCGAAGCGGCUGCCGCCGCUACACUCGCAAGCCCACAUGCUGACGCUGACGCUGACGCGCCGCCGCCGCCUAUCCUCAGCCUCGAAGACAUUGUCCGUCCCCGGGGCGAGGGCGCUGCUCCGCGCCGCCGUCGCAAGCGUGCUGCACGUCGACGUCGCAUCGUCGCCUACCAGCUCGACGGCCAGCUCGUCCCGCCCGAGCGCCUCGCCAACCCAACCCAUCAUGCUAGCGACCUUGCCACUGCCUCGCUCCUCGACCGACAAAUCCACUCGCUCGAGCGCGAGGUCGCCUCUGACUCGCUCACACUCGUCCAUCUCAAGUCGGACCUCCCGCUUUGACUCUCGCUCAAAAACACCCACAGCGGCAGCUUGAGCAAAACACACGGCUGCGUUAUGUAAUGUUUACUUUGCGGCUGACGCAACGCGCCCGAGUGCCCGCAUGCCUUUAGGAGGUAAACCUCUCAUCGCCG